AUGACGUCGGCCAGUGAAUCGACACAGAGCUAUUACCUGCCCCGGGAAAUCGCCCUGAUGCAGUACAAAAGCGCAAAAUCCAAGGAUCCGGAUUGCUGGCUCACCUGUCGAGGCGUCGUUUACGAAAUUCACGAGUACAUCAAGUGUCAACCGCAAGGCUUCAUCAGCACCUUCCUCAUGGCUCACGCAGGCAAGGAUGUCGGCCACUGGUUCGAGCCUAACUUGCCAAAUGCAAAAGCAGUUCCACCGGUGGAUGUUGUUUGUACAGUCAAAAAAUGCUAUCCACCAGUGAGCAUAGACGGCCUUCGUCUUCGUCGCUACGUGGAUCCCGACUCGGGUAAACUUAAAUUCCUGCUGCCUUUCACAGUGCCUCGGCCACCCCAUACCAAGUUUGCGCUCGUGCCUCGGAGAUGCGACUGGGACAGCGGACCCGACCUCUCGCUAACCAUUCGAAGUCUGCCCAAGGAUCCCUGCGACGCGAAUGCCACGGCAGACGAUAACGUAACGGUACAGUGCUGGUCUGACUUGGAGCACAUCUUCAAUAGCAAGCAGUACCGGCGUGGCUGGGUGACAAAAAAUCCAAGACCUUGUCGGAUAACCAACACUCUAACGGGUCAAGGAGCAAUUAUAUCGGUCUGCGAGGAAGAUAGCAUCAAGCGGAUCCAAGAGCGGUUCAUGUUUUACAACCCACACUGCCGAUCGUACACCUGGAAGUACGAGGGAAAGGCCCUCGAUCUCGAUCUAACCCUGACCGAGAACGGCAUCCCCGACGAUAGAGAUCGGCUGCUGGAGUGCGGGCUACCGACCGACAACGAAUCUAUCUGCGUGCCUGAGAUUUUUUUGUUCUACAACGACGAUUUGACGGAGGGCGACUGGUCCUAGUAGUUCUUAUAACUCUCGAGAUAUAGAAGAAGAUGAAGAAG